GUUCAGUAAAGCCAUCGCUUAUUAAUCCAGCUGUUAUUACAGUUGGAAACUUAAACUAAACUACCUUAUUUUGACUGGAUAGUUCUAGAAACUGUUCCUCCUAGACACCCUAUAGAGGUCUAGUAAGCGCUGAUUGGGAUUCCAGUGUUACUACAAUUAAGAGGAACCAAAACUACAUUUAGAUCCAAAAAUAUUACACUGCGCUCAUUUUUACUAGUCAAACUUAAUAUUAUAUACAAACCCACAUCCCCAUAGAAUAUACACAAAGACAUUUGUAAUGAACACCCACUUCAAACAGUAAAUGAAAACGGAGUGUGAAAUUAAUAAAACACGAACUAGGCGUAAUCCUCUGUAUAUUCCACAAAUAAAACCGCUUCAUUAAUGAAAGUUGCUAAUGACAUUGUGUACUCAAUUCUCAUUAACAUAUCCAGCGAUUACAGGUUAUAAAAUACGGCCGCAUCUUGGAUUUGGCCAAAAGUGUGUUGAGUCUUUACGAGAAUUGUUUGAGAAACCAAAAGUGAAGAUUCUUCAAAGAUUAAAAUGAAAACCGCAGUUGUCUUAAUGGUUUUUGCCGUCUUGUUGGCAACAAGUUUUGUUCACGAGAGCGAUGCUUUCGCUGCUGGUGGGGGCUCAUUUGGAAAGAAAAGAACCUUAAAAAAUCAGGUAAAAUGACAUUCAGUUUAUAUUAAGAAGCGAUUUAUAUGUCGCAUGUUUGCAAUGAAAAGCGCUCAAAACCUCAAAAUGACUUUGUUUUAUCUUUAUUUCCCAGUUUAGCUAUACCUUUUCGAACGCAUCUGGCGAUCGGGAGACAUAAAAUAAUAGCAGAAUAUUGUUGAUUAAAAUACAAUUAUCAAUGAUGCCAUCGAGGGGCAUUUCACUCCAAAACAGGGUACGGAAUUUUUGGACUUUCAAAGUCGGUGGGUUUUUUGAAAGAAAUUUUGUUGGAUUUUUUUUACUUUUCCGGACUUUUUGUGGAUUUCUCCCGGAUUUGGGGGAUUUUUUCGAAUUUUUUUAGGAUUUGAAUAGAUUUUUAAAUUUGGGUUUUGAAGGAUUUUCCAAAUUGUACCGGAUUUUUCCCGGAUUUUUUUUUGUCUGGGAAGCGCACGGGAUUUUUUGAGUGAAAUGCACCUCGGAGGCCAUAUUUACGACAAUAGCAUAACACAAUGGACGUCAUGGGCAUGAAGUUUGGCAUACCAUCUAAAAUCUCUUCGUUUUAGCAUGGUUUUAUAGAUAAAGCCCUAAACAUGUACUUUUCAAAGUUUGUUUACCAAUUGAGAAACAUGUUUUGCAAAACGAUAUCUCAAAAAUGCUUCUCAGAAAAAAGCUAACAAGGAAUUAUUUGCAUCUGUUUUCACGGCGAAUUAUCAUAUAAAAGAACUAAGGACUAAAACAAGUCCAAUGGCCUUCUUGAAAAGGGUUAAUUUUCAAUGGGCAAAUAAUUUUCUCCUCACACAACCAAAGAUUGAAAUUUCAUCUUUUUUAAUAAAGGGUAUGAGAUGAAAACUUGUGAUAUUAUGUCGGCCACAGCAUGACAUAAUAAAAUCUAAAAACUAUCUAUUUGGGAUUCUAAUCGGCUUUGUGGUCAAAUUUGGCUGCCCAUUGGGUCUCCACAUCAUUGCUACGAAAUAUAAAUAAUUUAAGCUGAUAGCAAGCAACUGUAUGAUAGCUUUUCCAGUUCUAAACUGGCUCUCUUUAGUGGCCCAGUAUUAAGGAAGAUCCCUUAUAUCAAAUGGUAUUUGUUAUAUAUCCAUACGAUAUGGUAUUUGCUAUAAUGUUGACUUUAUGUAACAUAUAUCUAACGUCGCAAUAAUGCUUAGCUAACGUGACAAUGCUUCGCUUAACUUCGUGUUCAGAAAGACAACUCUGUUGAGGAUACCCCUCAUAUAUUAUUCAUACUUUUUACAACUAUAAUUGUUAGGCCCACUGUAAGACACAACUUUUUCUUCAAAUUUUAAAGUUACAAAUCUUCAACCCAAAUAAUUUCCUGUGGCUUUUUAAAAAAUUCGUGAGAACGGAUGGCUUUAAAAAUCCACCAUUUUGAAUUUAAUCAGGCAUCGGAGUCCUAGGACCGCGCGAAAAUCAUCGCCAAAAGAGUCUGGGACGAGUUGAAGAAAAUCUUCUCUUUUGCGGGGACAAAUUCCCGACUGAAAUGAGAUACGAGCAUACAAAUAUUAAAAUGACUUUUCUAACCUUUUACAGACAGCUGCAAAACGUCCUUAAUUUAUACCAAUUUAUUCUUAAUUAAACCUUUGAUGUUCCACCGGCGAAAAUUAAAAUCACCCCGGAAGAAAAUGUAUUGUUUGUAUUAUUAAAUAUACUCGUGUUAUUAAAAAAACUUUAAGUUUAAUUUUCACAGUUGAUUAAAUAUGUCGUUUUACAACUAAAAAUACAUAUACAAAUAAUGUAAACUCUUGUGUAUUGCGUCAAGUGACAUGAUAAUUAUUUUUCGACCGGAUUUUUGGCGGAAUUAGUUCGCAAACCUUGUUCUUUUAAUCUCGAGUAUAUUUGAAAUAUUUUAAUUGAACAGGAAGCGAACUUUGAUAGCAAUUGAGAUAGCGUUUAUUAUCGUACAUAUCUUGAGUUUGUGGGUGUAUCACUAAGAUGUCAUGGGAGGGAGAGGAUAAAUUUUUCAAGUUUGGAACUUUGUCAACCUUUGAUUCACGGUGUUGAAAUUGUGCAGAAUUUAUUUUUCUACAUAAAUUUAAAAAUUAUUCACUGAAGUGAAUACUGCAAGAUUAUAAUAAUUGUUUUAGUAUGUACCAUAACAAAACAAAAAUGACAAAAAAAAACAACGAAAAUAUUUUAAAAACAGUUUGUAUUUCAGCUCGCGUAAUAGUUGUAAACAAAACAGUAUUUAUACGCUUUCGGUAAUUCUAUCAUUUUUACUCAUUAGAAAUAGCUUUAAAGACUGGCUUUACACACUGUUAAGCAAAACUCCGUGGCUUUCUUCGUAUUUGGCGAAACUGCAGUUUCGUUUGGUACAAAUAUUUGCUCGCCUGUAACCUUGACGAAACGGGAAGCCAUUUUGUUUUUGUUCGCUGACCUCAGAAUGACAUUUCGUCAAAACAUUUUUCUUCAAGAUUGGUCUAGAAACAAACUUGGAAUAGGGUUAGGUUAGGAUUAGUGUUUGGACCAUGAAUCGAUAUAUUCCAUGUAGUUGCAAGAAUGUUUUUCUUUACUUACAUGGCAUGAAUUUUUUUUGGAUCUGCCACCCCUCCUGGAUAUCUAAUGUUCCACCCCUUAUUAAAAAUAUUUUAAUUGAGGAGGAAGCGAAUUCUGAUAGCAAUUUAGAUCGCGUUUAUUAUCGCAAAAGGAGUAUAGUAGAUUAAGAAUGAUAUUGUUCCGGCAAGUAUGAUUCAAAUUUCCGGCAGAAAUAACAAUAUACAUAUGUACUUGUAUUUCAAAACCGGUGACAGCAGUCGCGUACUUUUCAUGAGUCGAACUUAAUUCACAUCUUAGUCUGCAAAAAAAGGCGUAUACUUAAUUAAGUGCGCUUCUUCCCUUCGAAACCUGGGGCGAGUGACAUUCAUAACAACAAAAAUGGCGGUCUUUUUCAAAUAUAAUCUCAUACGAUCAGUUCUCGUGAUUAAAAAAGCUAUAUAUAUGUAAACCAAGCAUGACGCCUGGACGUAAAAGGGUUAUUUUCAUAAGAAAAUUGCUUGCGAAGAACGAAACAAGAAGAAAAUCGUUGCAUAAUAUAUUGAGAAGAGAAGAAUAGUGUUGCGAACUGCCAUGCUGUACUGCCAUAAUGCAUACCCCCCACAAAACAGACAACAAACCUCCCCCAACUCCAGCUAUGAUUCUCACCGCCCCCACCAAAUCCCCCAACCAAACCAUAAAUAAUGAACACUCCCUUAGGGAAAACAUAGCCUAUCGAAGGGAAGAUGGCUGUGAAACUCAUUAGAACAAUGUAACUCAUUAUCUAUGUUGGUCAACGUUUAUUCAUAAAUCUGGUCCUUCACCGUCACGUGUGUAUUGUACCAAUAGCAAUGUUUUAGGAAAGUCACCUAUCCGUCACUCGAACAAUUGGGAAACUGGAAAUUGCUAUUGGUGGAUUUGGUAAAAAUACAAUACACACGUGACGGUGAAACGACCAGAUUUAUGAAUAAACGUUGACUAACAUAGAUGAUGAGUUAUAUUGUUAUUCUAAUGAGUUUCACAGCCAUUUCCCUUCGAUAGGCUAUGGGGAAAACAAGACCGUGAAAGAGCUUGUAUAUCUGAUACAAAACCCUACUGAUUUCCAUAAACCUUAAGUUCAUUUCAUUGAAGAAUUCAAACGCUCAAUUUAAAGCUCUCGUGUAUAUGUUAAAUUAACAUUAUAUAAAUUAAUAAUCAUAUCAAAUAAAUCAUACUUUUUAAUUUGUAGAAACUGAGCGCGGAGGAUGGACUGAACUAUAUGUGUAAACAAGCCAGUGAGAUUUGCAGAAGAUACGCACUCGACCAGAGGGAAGGAUUACACAAAUGAAGCUGAAUUUCAAUGAACAAUAAUUUAAAUAUCUUAUUUAAUAAAAUAUUUUGAUGCUUUAAUUACUGGAAGUGGACCGCAAUGCCAAUGGAAAUAUUGUAAAUUAUUUAAAGGAAUUUAUUGUGUAAUGGAAAGAAUU